AUGCCGCAACGAUUGACGCGAAAAGAGGUGGAGGAGCACAACAGCAACCGCACCUGCUGGUUUAUCAUUGGCAACAAGGUGUAUGAUGUUACGAAGUUUUUGGACGAGCAUCCGGGAGGCUGCGAGGUUCUCCUCGAGCAAGCCGGCCAAGACGCAACUGAAGUUUUCGAAGAUGUCGGCCAUUCAACGGAUGCCCGGCAAAUGAAGGAGGAAUAUCUUAUUGGAGAGCUUGUUGAGGAGGAUAUUCGACAAUAUUCAUACGAUAAGAAGGCGUCCACCAGUGCAGCUAAUGUCCAGAAAAAAGACGCCCAACCGGUCCAAGACAAACUGAUUAUGGGUGGACUGCUCGCCGUCAUCGUCGCGUUAAUCUACUAUCUAUUCACGGCUCAU